UCCAUCUCACCCCAAGGAGUUACGACCAUUGAAGCUCAUAACUUAGACACAAUUGAUAACCCUUGCGAACUCGGUUUGAUGAUACCUUUUACGAGCCGCGUUAGGCAUAACAACGUGUCAUAUCGGGAUGAUAAGCUAUAUAUAUUCAUCCCUAACCCCGCUUCAUACUACGUGCAUAUCUAGUUAGACAUCCUUCCAAUGCCCUGAGGUUCUCAUCAUUCUCCUCAUUUACAUAUGAAAAUAAUGGCAUCGGAGCUAAAUUCGUCUUUUAAGAUAACAGAUGCUGCCUCGAGACGGGGUCAUGGCCCAGGCCUACUUCUCCUCAUCGACGGGGACCUUGAUCUUCGCAAGCACGAUAAGACCUUAGACCCACCGCCUUCACUCAAAUGGGCCGAGGAAGGCUUUGCCGUCGCGGAGGUAAAGGUCUUCAAUUCCCAAAUAGAUCGAUUAUGCGAUGUAUUGACUACGACACUCAUUCAUCUGUCGGCUUCGCCCUCGUGCGACCAGAUUCAGAAAAUCGGAAUUAUUGUUUACAUGGCCACUGUAACACCCGCUAUACUAAGCCAGAUUGAGGCCUGUAAACAAAUUUGCGCUAUAGUCUUCUACGGUGCUUUGCCGGGAGAUAUCGGUGCUACCACACCGCCGUCUUUAUCUCACGUACCCGGCACCGAAGAAAAGGGUGCACCCGAAAGCCCCAACGCGAAGCGAUAUUUCUACCCAUCUGCAGAACCUUUCUUCGCUAUCCCAGCGCAUGAUCAUUACCACGCUUCUCACGCGUCUGUAGCUCAUACGCGAACACUUACCUUCUUAAAGCCUCUCCUCGAUGGCCCGUACUUCGACCUGGAGGCGAUUUGGGAUGAGCAUACGUAUUGGGAGUUCGAAGCGCGCUCAGUAGAAGAGACCAUGGCGACUAUGGUGGAAGAGCCAUACGUUAAUCAUGUCCCGACACUAACCGGCGGAGUUGGGCGAAAGGCCUUAACGAAGUUCUACAGGGACCAUUUCAUCUUCAGCAAUCCACCCGACACGAAACUCGAGCUUAUUAGUCGAACUGUGGGUAUAGACCGUGUAGUGGAUGAGUUUCUCUUCAAAGCGACUCAUGACCGAAUGAUUGAUUGGCUUGCGCCCGGUGUUCCAGCAACUGGAAAGCAUAUCAGCGUCCCCUUUACGAGUGUGGUUAACAUACGUGGCGACCGGCUCUAUCAUGAACAUAUUAACUGGGAUCAAGCGACAUUAUUGAAGCAGUUGGGUUUGCUACCUGAUUACCUCCCGUUCCCGUAUCCCGUCGCUGGAGAGGAAUCGGCGGCGCCCGAUACCCGCUUUGAGUAUCGUCUUCCGGUCGCGGGGGUUGAGAGUGCGCAAAAGCUCGACAACCAAAGUUCGGUCGGAUCUAAUGCGAUGCUUCAAUACGGGUAUCGGAAAGCUCCCUAAGUGCCCGGGAAUCAUUUUUGACGAGUAAACCGGGCCAAUGAUAGAUGGACGUCUGCCCAACGCAUGAUAGCAAGAGCUAGGUAUUACUUUUAACAUCGAUAACCAAUUUGAUACCCCACCAAAAGAGAAAUAUUGGCAGAUUGUCAAGUCCCCUAGAUUUUUCAUCCAUUUCAAGUCAUCAUAUUCGGAGUCGUUUCGUUAGGCUAUCUGGUGUAACUCGCCCAGGAAAAAUCUCAUGAUGUGAUCAAUCAAAAUAACCCAUCAAAACGACAUCUACAACCGAAUUUUUCAUAGACCUGAUAGUGGGUCUAUUAAACCCUCAAAGACCCCCAAAAUCUCAUUUACGCU